GGCCGAGCCUCUCGCCGUCUCGCCCUCACGGUUUCCACCCAACCCCCGUCCGCGCUACCCUCCCGCUCCCAUUGCCUUAUCCGAAUCGCCGCCUCGCCCCGUUCGGCCAUGGAGGCGGUGCGCGCCUCGGCGGCGUGGGUAGCCAGCCGCUCCUCCCACGUCAAGGUUGACCUGUUAGAGGUAGAGAAGGUGGUGGACAAAAUCCAAGGAAAUGUUCCGAAAGUUGAGUGGGACUUUGAAGGAAUUCACUAUUUUGACAAUGGGCCCCUCACUGUCCAGUACCUCUUCGUCUUGGAUGCUCUGAACUUCUGCUUCUGGCCAGACAAGGACCUGAGCUAUGACCAUUUGGCUUCUGGACUAAAGUUAGCCUUAGAGAAAGAUAAGACAGCCCUUGAUGCAGAUCGUCUUCAGAAUUACACUGGGCCCCAGCUCCGCCAACUGCUGAACUGGCCACGCCCACUGCCAAUUGAGGAGGAAAGAGUACGGCUUCUUCAUGAGGUUGGUUUGGAACUUGAAAGAAGUUUCGGGGGUGAAGCUGCAAAUCUAGUAAAGUCUGCUGGAAACUCUGCUGCUACUCUAAUCGAACUUAUUACCCGUCAUUUUCCUGGUUUUCGGGAUCAUUCACUUUACAAAGGACACCAGGUUUUCUUGUACAAGAGAGCUCAGAUAUUUGUUGCUGAUCUAUGGGGUGCUUUUAAGGGACAAAAUUAUGGCGAGUUUGAUGACAUCAACUCCAUCACCAUAUUUGCAGACUAUAUAGUUCCUGCUGUCCUGAGGGAGCUUGGCAUACUGAAAUAUGGCUCCAACUUAUCUUGCUCAAUUGAUUCGAACAGUGAGAUUGUGCCUGGAAGUGAAGAGGAAGUGGAGAUUCGUGCUUGUUCUGUAUAUGCCGUGGAAAAAAUGAGAGAGCUGAUCAACAAAAAGUUUGGAAAGCAGCUUCUGAGCAUUGACAUUGAUCUAUGGCUCUGGUCGUGUGGCGUUCAGAACAUAGCGUUGUCACAUCACCGCACCCUCUCAAUAUAUUACUAGAGGCCAGCACCCAGCACCCAGCAGAAGCAACAGCUGCGCCCCCUCCGGCCAUUGUCUUGCUCCAGCAACUGUCUAGCUGCCAUAGCUCCUGAAAUUUUUGUCCCUCUUGGAAACGCACAAAAAAGUGCACGCUAUUACUAGUAGUAUAGCCUUGUUGGUUCGUCGAGAUUCUGAGACAAGAAAUCUUUAGAACAGCUCAAAGUUUCCAGUUGACCUGUAGGUGUAGGGUGUGCAGUUGGAUGCACUUUUGGAUCGGAAUUCAGAAAUUCUCUGUAGAGCACUGUAUGUUUUUCAUUGAACUGUUGAACGCCUCUCUUCUGUUACUCUCUAUAACCCAGCAACUUGAAAAACUAUCAGAAAUUGCUAAAG